AUGAGUUUUUUCUCUGAGACUAAUUCGCGACCGAUAUUUCCUAGCAUGAAUGUGAAUGAAGAUUUGGAGAAUAAGGUUGAUUCAGUAGAGAACAUUUCAUCGAAUUCGAUUGUGAGAAAGAAAUCGGAUAUAGCUUUGGUGACGAAUAAUGAUCGGUUUCAGAUAGUUAGAAAUGUGAUGGGAAAUGUGAGAGAGGUGAUGUUGGGUACUAAGCUUGUUGUGCUUUUUCCGGCGGUUCCUUUGGCUGUUGCUGCUGAUUUUUAUAGCAUUGGAAGGCCUUGGAUUUUUGCUUUGAGCCUACUUGGACUUGCUCCCCUGGCUGAACGUGUCAGCUUCCUCACUGAGCAAAUUGCAUAUUUCACUGGCCCAACAGUUGGAGGACUUCUAAAUGCAACUUGUGGCAAUGCAACUGAGAUGAUCAUAGCAAUAUUAGCACUUCAUCAGAACAAAAUCCAUGUUGUCAAGUUCUCCUUGCUUGGUUCCAUUCUCUCAAACCUUCUUUUGGUCCUAGGAAGCUCACUCCUUUGUGGUGGCUUAGCAAAUCUCAAAAGGGAACAAAGAUAUGACAGAAAACAAGCGGAUGUGAACUCAUUGCUUUUGUUGUUGGGAUUUCUAUGCCAUUUGCUGCCGUUAAUUUUCAAAUACGCAUUGGCGGGAGGAAAUCAUUCUAUCGCCAAUUGUACUCUUCAAUUGUCGAGAGCGAGUAGCAUUGUCAUGCUUAUUGCAUAUGUUGCAUAUAUCUUCUUCCAAUUGAAAACUCAUCGAAAAAUAUUUGAUGCACAAGAGGUGGAAGAUGAGGAGGAUGAAGAAAAAGCAGUGAUUGGAUUUUGGAGUGCAUUCAGUUGGUUGGUAGGUAUGACAUUGGUCAUAUCUGUGCUUUCGGAGUAUGUUGUGGGAACCAUUGAGGCUGCUUCAGAUUCUUGGGGAAUUUCUGUGAGCUUUAUUAGCAUAAUUUUGCUACCAAUUGUUGGUAACGCGGCGGAACAUGCUGGAUCAGUCAUAUUUGCUUUCAAGAACAAGUUGGAUAUAUCAUUAGGUGUUGCUAUGGGAUCUGCUACUCAAAUUUCUAUGUUUGUGGUUCCAUUUAGUGUGAUUGUUGCGUGGAUAAUGGGUAUACGAAUGGAUCUAGACUUCAAUCUUCUUGAAACUGGAUGUCUUGGUUUCGCAAUUAUUGUUACAGCCUUCACUUUGCAGGAUGGAACUUCACACUACAUGAAAGGAGUCAUUCUUACUUUCUGUUACGUUAUUAUUUCUGCAUGUUUUUUUGUUCUCAAAGCUCCAGAUAUCAACCAAUAUGGCAUGAUCGAUUUCGGAGCAGACCACCCUGUGAAGCCAUCCCCGAUUGAAUAA